GAAAAAUCGGUUUAUUUAGAUCAAACCCAAGUACGAGAGAAGGAACCUUCCGAGCUAGCUAGAGGGUUUGACGAUGAACUGAUCCCAAUCGGAAUCUGCCGGCGAUAUCCAAAUUCGGCGUAAUUCAAUCCGAACCCCGAAUCGGAGACGACGACGACACAGAACCAAACUAUGCAGAUACGGAGGUGCCCACACAGUUUCAUUCAGCUUCUCUUCGUCUCCGCUUUUGCAAUUGGAUUAUUUGAGGGUGCUGGGUCUGUACCCGUACCCGAUUCGAACUGCUACGCUCUCGACAAUUCAAGUCGUCUUGUCGAUUUUAGCAGCUGGAUUGGUCAUCCGUUUGAAUAUGAUGGCAAGGAGUUUGAUUUGGUGGUUAGAUUUUGCAAGGAUGUUGAAACAAGAGGGCAGGCGGGUUAUGUUGAUUUUGGACGAUUUGACCCGUUGAGCUACUUUGAUUCCAGCUCUGGACAUUUCGAUUUUGUUCAGGGGUUUUACCACGGUGACCUGGCGAAUUGCGAGCAGAGCUAUGACAAACUUGGACGUACAGCACAGGUCAAUAUUAUUUGUGGGAACUGUGUUGAUGGACGCUGUAAAGGUGUGUCUGAGUGUCCUCCUUCUUUCUUUUGUUUUCUUCGAGAUGAAACUUUAGAAACGGUUCUCAAGUCUUGGAAAUCUAUUAAGUCUUCCUUCUUUUUUAUCCUUACUUCAGGUGGACUUGGAUGCAUAUGUAGUGUCACUCAAGAUUCAACUUGCAGAGUUACUGUCGAGUUGGCUAUUCCGUGUGAGAAACCUGGCCCUCGUGUCUUCAAGGGUUUCACGGUCGGUUUGCAUCCUCGCUCAUGGGAACUUAUUUAUAAUGGGAUGACACAGUUUGGAUUUGACAAACCUCGUCGUGAAUUUAGCUUCAAGACCGAGCAGACUCAUCUUACACUCUACAUGACUGCAAUUGCUUCUCUUUCAACAUUGGUAGGGAAGCCUAUCAUCAAGGUCUCCCCGGAGAAUGGUCUUAACGUCAAGAUAUCUGGUUCUUCCUUGACUGGGAAUCAUCCAACAACCUUAUCUCCUUCAACUCUAGUACUGGACUGGAACUGUGAGAAAACUCGCAAGACUCCGUAUGAAGUCAAUGUCACUAUCCCAGUGGAUGGUUAUGAUCCUGUUCAGUUCUUCCUCACAAAACUCUGUGAAUACAACCAAGGUGCUGAAGGAGGAUCAGCGAAAGGAUGGGCUAUAUUUGGAGUUUUUUCCUGCGUAUCCCUCGUUGCAUUUACACUUUUCUGCUGUGGAGGAUUUAUCUACAAGACAAGAGUAGAACGCGUGCGUGGGAUUGAUGCAUUGCCAGGCAUGUCACUUCUAUCAGGCUUACUAGAAACUGCGAGUGGAAGUGGACAAAGCUACUCAAGAACUGAAGAGAUCAACAACGCUUUUGCCAAUGAAGUCUCAUGGGACCGCUCUUCCACGUCUUCUACUCAAGCACCAACGCAGAGACCAAGUGAAAGGACAUAUGGUGCUAUCUAACUUGCUAAUCGCCUUUGCCAGAGGUUCUGUCUCAGUCAAUGGUAUGAUUCAUGUGUUGUGGUAGAUGACGACAAACAAAGUUUCCUUUCUUUGCUUUGGUUACAAAGAACAAGAGCGUGUUCACAUGUCAAUAAAGAUUGACACUUUUUUGUCGUCAAAGGAGUAGGUAGAAUCUCUUCCUACUCUCUUCUCUUUCUCACUACGUAAAAGACUAAAAGUCUUGGCCUCUUGUCUCUUCGAACAUAGUUUUAUGUAUGUGUAUUACCAAGUCAUUUGCAAAAGUAAAAAUAUUAUUUCUUUUCGACUCUU